UAAAUAUGCCACAAACAGUCCUAAAUAGGACAGUUAAACAAGCACACACACACCCCCACACACACACACACACACUCCUCUUCCUCCUUGCCUCCUCUUCUGCCAACUUCACACUUUUCCUCCCUCCUGUCGGUGUCUUGGGUCACUUCCUUUUUGCACAAGAUCGCACAAACACACCCGUAGAUGUGCACACACACUCGCCUCUCUCUACAUAUUUGCUUUUCUCACACAUCUUUAUCUUCACAUUACCACUUUUCUCUCCCUCUCCACACUUUUUUACCCAAUAGCUCUCUCUCUCUCUCUCUCUCUCUUCCAACACAUUGGUACAGCCUCUCUUUCUCUCUCUCCUAUCCUCCCUCCCAGAUAUACACACACAUACACACACUCUCUCCCUCUCUCAGUCCUCAACUGCACCUCAGCACGGCAACUCGCUGCUUCGUCGCGGCUGCAGCGCAGAGCGGCGACGGGGCUCCUGCCGGCUCUCCAUCACCCUGAGACCAACCAUAAAGAGCAAACAAGAACCUGGAGGAGGAGGGAGAGGGCGGAGGUCGGUGGAGGGAGAACGCCGAAGUCUCAUCUUCCUCCCUGGGACUCCAAAGCAAGCACCCAUCUUACUGACAGGAGGAGGAGGAAGAUCUGUUUUCACACUGUCCUGACUCAGUUCGUCACCUCCAGCAGAAGCAGCAGCAGAGGAUGCACGAGGAAGGAAGAAAGUUCUCUCUCUCUGCAACUCAGCGCCGCGUCGAUCAUUAGGAGCCGAGGAAACUUUUUUUCAAGAAACGAGAGGAAGGGCGGGGGGCCUAAGGGAGAAAGUUCCCCUCGCCCUCUUCCUCCCCCCUGGCCUGCCCCCCAACUCUGUCCACGCGGUGCUGCUUUUCUGUUUUUCUGGGUGGGUGGGUGGUAUUUGUCAGGGAGGAAAGCAGCGCCCCAAAUCCCCCCCGCGCCCCCCCAUGUGGCAGGAGGCUCUGUGGACCCGCGGACGCUACCUGCUGGAGAAGAGCGAUGGGGCCGGCGAGGGAGCCGAGGGGCCCGACGGCCCGGGGGACGGCGGCGGCCCCGGGUUCCAGGGCGAGGCGUGCCCGGAGGCGGAGAAGCCCCAGGACUGGCUGUACGAGUCGUACUACAGGAUGAGCCAGCAGCAUCCGCUCAUCGUGUUCCUGCUGCUGAUCGUCAUGGGAACCUGCCUGGCGCUGCUGGCCGUGUUCUUCGCAUCGGGGCUGAACACGGAGGAUCACCUGACGUUCCUGAUCGCCGUGUCCGCCGCCCUCUUCCUCUUCCUGUCCAUCUUCAUCCUCGUCUGCAUCGAGUCUGUCUUCAAGCGGAUGCUGCGCCUCUUCUCCCUGCUGACGUGGGCCUGUCUGGUCACCAUGGGUUACCUGUUCAUGUUCUCCGGCGGCAGGCUCAGUCCCUGGGACCAGGUGUCGUUCUUUCUGUUCAUUGUGUUUGUGGUCUACACCAUGCUGCCCUUCUCCAUGAAAUGGGCCGUCAUCGCCAGCGGCAUCACCUGCCUUUCACACACCGUCACCCUCAGCGUCUGCCUGACCUCCACCGCGACAGAACUGGAACCUCUGGUGUGGCAGAUCCUGGCCAAUGUGAUCAUCUUCACCUGUGGAAACCUGGCCGGGGCGUAUCACAAGCACCUCAUGGACCUGGCGCUCAGGCAGACCUAUCAGGACACCUGCAACUGCAUCAAGUCACCCAUCAAACUGGAGUUUGAGAAGCAUCAACAGGAGCGCUUACUGCUGUCCUUGCUGCCCGCGCACAUCGCCAGAGUGAUGAAAGCCGAAAUCAUCCAACGGCUGCAGGGGCCAAACUUCGGUCGCACCGAGAGCACCAACAACUUCCACAACCUCUACGUUCAGCGGCACACCAACGUCAGCAUCCUCUACGCCGACAUUGUGGGCUUCACUCGUCUGGCCAGUGACUGCUCCCCUGGCGAGCUUGUUCACAUGCUGAACGAGCUGUUUGGCAAAUUUGACCAGAUCGCGAAGGAAAACGAGUGCAUGCGGAUCAAGAUCCUGGGCGACUGCUACUACUGCGUGUCCGGCCUCCCGGAGUCGCUGCCGAACCACGCCAGGAACUGCGUGAAGAUGGGCCUGGAUAUGUGUGAGGCCAUCAAGAAGGUCCGCGACGCCACCGGGGUGGACAUCAACAUGCGCGUCGGGGUCCAUUCCGGGAACGUCCUCUGCGGCGUGAUCGGCCUCCGCAAGUGGCAGUACGACGUGUGGUCGCACGACGUCACGCUGGCCAAUCACAUGGAGGCGGGAGGAGUGCCGGGGCGGGUCCACAUCUCCUCUGUGACGCUGGAGCACCUGAAAGGCUCAUACAAGGUGGAGCCCGGAGACGGACAGAGCAGAGACUCCUACCUGAAAGAGCACAAUGUGGUCACCCACCUGGUCAUCAACCCCAAGAUGGAGAGGCACAGCCCGCUGCUGGGCGUGCGCUCCCGACCGUCUCUGGACGGGGGGAAGAUGAGGGCGUCCGUCCGGAUGACCCGCUACCUGGAGUCCUGGGGGGCGGCCAAGCCCUUUGCCAACCUCCACCACCGAGACAGCAUGACGGCCGACAACGGCAAGAUCAACACGAGAGACGUUCCUAUGGGGCAGUACUACUUCCAAAGAAGAGAAAGAUCCAAAUCUCAGAGAAAAAGAUUCGAGGAAGAACUCAACGAGCGAAUGAUUCGCACCAUCGAUGGCAUCAACUCACAGAAACAGUGGCUGAAGUCUGAGGACAUCCAGAGGAUCUCAUUGUUCUUUCACAACAAAGCGCUGGAGAAGGAGUACAGAUCCACCACCUUACCUGCCUUCAAGUACUACGUCACCUGCGCCUGCCUCAUAUUCUGCUGUAUAUUCGUGGUGCAGAUCCUCGUCUUGCCCAAAACUGCUGUGCUGGGGAUUUCAUUCGGCCUGACGUUCCUGCUGUUGGCUUUGAUCCUCCUCCUUUGCUUCGCUGGUCACAUUCUGCAGGGAGGGAAAGGGUCCUUCUGCUCUCUGCCAUGGCUCCCGGCUUCCUCUCGCAUCAUCGUCACCAACAACCCCUGGCUGCGAUUGGUCCUCACCAUGACGACCACGGCUCUCAUACUGGUGAUGGCUGUGUUCAAUAUGUUCUUUGUGGAGGAUCCUGGAGGACCUGCAGAGGACGUCCAGACAGCUGCUCUCUCUGUGAAUGUGUCCAACAGCAGUCGGUCCAACUACCUGGAGGACAAAAACAAGUUUUACCUGCCGUACUUCAUCUACUGCUGCAUUCUGGGCCUGGUCUCGUGCUCCGUCUUCCUGAGGAUCAACUACGAGCUGAAGAUGGUGAUGAUGCUGGUCGCCGUGGUGAUCUACAACAUCAUCAUCCUGCAGACUCACGCCUCCCUGCUGGACGGAUUCAACAAAGCCCUCUACCCCACGGACAAGCCGCACAGACCGGGCGUCCUGAAGGACCUGAAGACGAUGGGCUCCGUGUCUCUGUUCAUCUUCUUCAUCACUCUGCUGGUAUUAGCCAGGCAGAACGAGUAUUACUGUCGGCUGGACUUCCUGUGGCGGGACAAGUUCAAGAGGGAGUGUGAGGAAAUUGAAACCAUGGAGAACCUGAACCGGGUUCUGCUGGAGAACGUCCUGCCGGCGCACGUGGCCGAGCACUUCCUGGGACGCAACUGGAAGAAUGAGGACCUUUAUCAUCAGUCGUACGAGUCAGUGUGUGUGAUGUUCGCCUCCAUCCCGGACUUCAAAGAGUUUUACACUGAGUCUGAUGUCAAUAAGGAAGGACUGGAGUGCCUCCGACUUCUCAACGAGAUCAUAGCCGACUUUGAUGAGCUGCUGUCGAAGCCCAAGUUCAGCGGCGUGGAGAAGAUAAAGACCAUUGGCAGCACCUACAUGGCUGCAACUGGGCUCAAUGUGGCUCCAGGACCAGAGUCCACACAAGAACACGACAGACAGUACAUGCACAUAGGCACCAUGGUGGAGUUUGCCUUUGCACUGGUUGGGAAGCUGGACGUCAUCAACAAACACUCUUUCAAUGACUUCAAGCUGCGAAUAGGUAUUAACCAUGGACCGGUGAUAGCGGGAGUCAUUGGGGCUCAGAAGCCUCAAUAUGACAUCUGGGGGAAUAGCGUUAAUGUGGCCAGCAGGAUGGAAACCACGGGGGUUCUGGGUAAAAUCCAGGUGACAGAAGAGACCAGUGGCGUCUUAUCCAACCUGGGCUACAUGUGUUCGUGUCGCGGCAUCAUCAACGUGAAGGGCAAAGGGGAGCUGAAGACCUACUUCGUCCACACAGAGAUGACCCGAUCUCUGUCGCAGGGGACCGUGAUGCCCUGAGCACGCCUCGACCGCCGACAUACGCCUGAAAACAACAAUCGCACAAAGCGGCACAGAAGUGAUUUGUCAUGCUCUGUAAGUAGAACCCAUUACCAAGAGCCAGCGGCGCACUGGACCGGCAUCUGUCAAGAGGCCAAGGUGGGCCGGCGCGGUCCUUCAACGCUGCACUCUGAGUGGGUUUGCACCUCUCCAGUGUUACGAGGACGUCACUCUGAGGAGUCUCUUCACAGCCUAAAGGAGAGCCUGACUAAAGAGAGGGUGGCUAAAUUAGUGCAGCUCUCAAGGACCCCCAGUCACCUGUCUGUAAAAUAGUAGUGGUGUGGAGCUAAUUACCCAUGCCGGUGUCGCAGUGCUUCACGGCCUUAUACUUGAGCAAAUUGAGCCACCUGUCGAGUUGAUUUGGGGUUUUUUUCGUUUGUUUUUUUUUUUUUUUUUAAUCAACUUUCUGCCUGCCUGAUUGGCACUGAGAGCUGAUUUUUGGUUCAUUUCAUUUCCAAAUGGAUGUUACAAUAAUUCUCGUCAUAUAGGGGGUGUUCGUGUCAAUAAAUUGACAGCUUGAUGGGUAGUUUGCCAAAAAAAAAAAAAAAGAUAAAACCUGUGAUUGUAUUUCUAGGCUUUA